ACGACCUUGCCCAAAGGGCCACCGUUUUCUCAGCACAUUGUGAGAUCAAGUACCACUUCGUAAGAUUUCUUGAUUUCCGAAAACUAUUCUGCCUUAUACUCAAUAUGGGAUUCUUGAAGACCUUGGGAGAGAAGGCCGACAAAGUGGCGUUGUCUAUCACAAACACAAUGGCUGAUAGCCGCUCUUAUUAUUCCGGUGGCCCCGAUUGUGUCGCAGCAGAAAGUGUCCCUCGAGAUUCCAAGGGACAACGGGACCCCCCUCCACGCAUAUCCAAGAUGACAUGGGCAGAGACUCUUGAGGUAGAGAAGGCAGCCAAAGAGAAGCAAGCUGAUCUUGUCAAAUGAUUUAGUCUCUGAGCUAAGAGAUUGGUUGACAAAUCUCGUUGUAUGGCGAACCCCACAUAGCCUGGCUGAGGACAAGAUGGA